CUCCGACCUUGCGGCAUUUUCAGUAUCGACAGUCAACUGCUUCAAGAUGAUGGCGUCUCAAGCUCCGGGUUCUCCGCCACUUCAACGCGUGGCGACGCCCUUUGGCUACGGAUCGCUACACGACGAUGAGCCACAGAGUGCGUCGCCUGAGGACGCGAGCCCCAGUGAGCGCCAGGGCUUCGCGCACGUCGAAUUUCCAUGGGGACACGCAUAUGUCCACUCAGACCUGGUAGCGACCGUGCCGCUCUUCACGUUCUACGCUUUGUCCAAGACGCAGCACAUCAAGUUCUCGCUAUCAUUUGCGCUCACGAGCUCUGGUCAGGAGAUGGUGGACGCCGUGCGUCGCCACCUGGAACUGGGGCCUAAUGUCGCCGUGUCGCUCGUACAGACGGACAGUGUGAGCAAGCACGAGAUCAAACCGCACCUUAAGCUGGGAGAGUGCACUAUUGGAGCGGGACCUGAGCACCCAGUACUGGUGCUACAGACGCCCAUGGUGCAGUUCGAUAAGAAGAAAUGCUCGUUUUACAUGCUGCUCCAGGAGGACAACACGCGUGCAGUGCAGGUUGCCAAAGGCUGCGGCUCAGUGCUGGGAAACUGCGAGGUGGCAUGUGGCAUUAAGUACUGGGAAGUGAAGCUGCAGAGUGCCAGAGGUGGAGAAGGAGUGUUUGUCGGUGUGGCGGCUGCGGAUCUUGCGCUCAACAGUAGUGUUGUGAGUCGCGGCGUGUUCUGGGGCAUCUCGUGUGCCACCGGACACAAAUUCCACGACACGAUCGAGUACUAUGCGGACCCGUGCAAGGACGGAGAUGUCGUCGGCGUACUGCUGGAUAUGGAGUACGGCCGCCUGAGCUUCUACGUGAACGGACGGAAUCUCGGUGUCGCGUUCUGCGGCAUCCAGGCCAAGAAACUGUGUCCCAUGUUCUCACUGACCUUCAUCGGACAAAACAUCAAGCUGCUGCCAACAGCGUCGCCCCCGAUGCCGUAGUACAAAGCUUCGGCGAAUGUUUCAGUAAUUCCAAAGCGGUUCUCGGACUCCAAAUAGUCCGUUCGUAUCCUCCAAAACUUAACAUAAAAUAAUAACCAAAGCCGCCAACACCACAAGGACAUUAAUACAAAUGUAUGCCGAUAAAAUCAUUCCGGUGUUGAAAACUACAAGUGUCUCUUCCAGCGCGACUAGCGAAUGAUGGCUACACUUACUCGUACAGCUUCCCAU